CAUGCUUUAGCAACAUACUGCUCAGCUGAAGGGAAGGGAUUCUUGCUGUCUCUCUCUGCUCUAAGCAUCACCUAACAAGCAAAGCGAACAAAGAAUGGGAAAUAAAGCUAUCCUUAGCCGGUCAGUGAGUGAAUUGUAAUCUGUCUCUGUGGAGUAAAGGUUGUGUCGGUCAAUGGUCGUUUCAAAUGAUGGACAUUAAAGAGAUUGUCAAAUCCUGUGGAGUCGUUAGUAAAGAGUUUGGAGUUUUUUUCACAACGUCACAGUAUUAACUGCAGAGAAAAGGACAGAGAGAGAGAGAAAGAGAAGAUCAAGCUCAUGCAGAUAGUUCUGAAACUUGCAAGUCCUAGAAGUCAGCUAAAAAGCUAGCUGGACAUCCCUUUAGCUCUUUGAGCAGAAGCAAAAUAAGACAUUGUGAGCCUGCCAGCUUUGCACAAAAUUGAAAGGGAUUGAAUUUGUAGCACAGAGGGGUCUUUUUUAGUUCUGCAUAUAAUUAGUCCAAACACAAAGGAAGCAACUGAAUGGAGGUUGUCACUCUCUGGAAAAGGGUGGGUAAGACACUUUUUAAUUAAAUUCUUUCAUGAAGAAAGAUUUUUUUUCUUUGCUGCAGUAUCUAACAUGAACAAAAUCUACAUCCUUUUACCUGUGAAUGUCUGUGAACUUUAAUGCUGCACAGCUCCUGCAUGCUGUAAAGUGAAAUAUUUGCCUCUGUGUCUUUUUUUUUUUUUUUUUUUGCCCAGAAAUAAAAUAUGAUGUAGAAUUUGAAAAGAUUUCAAUGGACAUUCUCAAGCAUAUUUGGAAACAUUCUUGCUAAUGGAUUUCCUUCUUAUUGGUCUCUGUUUAAACUGGUUGCUGUGGAAGCCCCCAGGGUUGAUAUUGUGUACACUGGGUGUCUUUUUAAAAAUGCUUCCAGCCGUGAAUAGUGGGUGUCCACAGCUAUGUCGGUGUGAGGGCAGGCUUUUGUACUGUGAGUCAUUGAAUCUUACAGAGAUGCCUCGCAACCUGUCGGGCAUGAUGGGCUUGUCUCUGCGGUACAACAGCCUUUCAGAGCUGCAUGAUGGACAGUUCACAGGGUUAAUGCAGCUCACGUGGCUCUAUCUGGAUCACAAUCACAUUUGCUCAGUGGAGGGGAAUGCCUUUCAAAAAUUGCGGAGAGUUAAAGAACUCACUCUGAGUUCCAACAAAAUCACUCAACUGCCCAAUACUACUUUCCGACCUAUGCCAAACUUGCGUAGUGUGGAUUUAUCAUACAAUAACCUGCAGUCGUUGGAACCAGAUCUGUUUCAUGGGCUGAGAAAAUUAACAACUUUGCACAUGCGGUCAAAUGCCAUCAAGUUUGUGCCAGUGAGAAUUUUUCAGGACUGUCGCAGCCUCAAGUUUCUAGACAUAGGAUACAAUCAGUUGAAAAGCCUGGCUCGCAACUCUUUUGCAGGCUUGUUUAAACUCACUGAACUACACCUCGAGCACAAUGAUUUGGUGAAGGUGAAUUUAGCUCAUUUUCCAAGGCUCAUUUCACUGCAUUCUCUCUGCCUACGAAGGAAUAAAGUCACUAUUGUAGUCAAUUCCUUGGACUGGAUAUGGAAAUUGGAAAAAAUGGAUCUCUCUGGCAACGAGAUUGAAUACAUUGAACCUCAUGUUUUCGAAAGUGUACCUCACCUCCAGUCACUGCAGCUGGAUUCCAACCAGCUAACCUACAUUGAUCCAAGAAUCCUCAACUCCUGGAAAUCACUCACUAGCAUCAGCCUUUCUGCAAACAUCUGGGAUUGCAGCCGUAAUGUUUGCGCCUUGGCCUCCUGGCUAAGUAACUUUAAGGGUCGCUAUGACAGCAAUCUGCUCUGUGCCACCCCUGAAUAUGCACAGGGGGAGGAUGUUUUAGAUGCAGUGUAUGCUUUUCACUUAUGCGAAGAUGCAGAAGACCCAACAAGUGUUAACAUGCUAUCAGCAGUAACAAACAACAGCGACCAAAUGUUCACUUAUAGCCCUGCCACAAUAAUAUAUGACGUGCAGGAUACUGAAGGAGAAAGAACAACAAAUGCCAUAACCGUAACUAUCCCCAGUGAAAACACUGAGAAUGCUGUUCAGAUUCACAAGGUGGUGACAGGGACCAUGGCACUGAUUUUCUCUUUCCUCAUCGUGGUUUUAGUGUUGUAUGUCUCCUGGAAGUGUUUUCCAGCCAGCCUAAGGCAACUCAGACAGUGCUUUGUGACACAGCGCAGAAAGCAGAAGCAGAAACAAACCAUGCAUCAAAUGGCUGCCAUGUCAGCCCAGGAGUAUUACGUUGAUUACAAACCCAACCACAUUGAAGGAGCUCUGGUGAUCAUUAAUGAAUAUGGAUCUUGUUCCUGUCACCAGCAGCCAGCAAGGGAAUGUGAGGUGUGAUUUUCUGUGGGAAUUUAAACAGUGUGCAACCAAAUAACAAUGGGCAGACAGUUGGAUGGGGGUUUACUGUGCUUUUCUGAUGAUUUCUGAUGCACUUCUUUGCUGAAAUUGUAAGAGGAUCUGUCUAAAAGACUUGAUAUGUUAGCUUUAUUGUGUCUUAAAAUCUUCAGGACAGUCAGUCCUAACAUUUCAUAUGAUAAUAUUCCCUUUGAAGAUCUGACAAUAUUCAGGAAUCUGAGAGUGUAAAAAGAUACCAAUUAUUGACUGAUUUUUUUUUUGUAAACUACAAAAAUGUUUAAAAUAAAAAAAAUAGCAUUUACA